GCCAGACAUUCGUGGCCAAAAGCGAACUUACAUAUAUGCACGAACGUACUUGUCGAGAGGAUAGUCUAUCAAUGGAGACGGAUUAAAGGUGAAGGAGGUUCUGAUUACGCCCUCGAAAUAACAACUGUAGCAAUUACAGACAACGAUCAGCGCAGAGAAAGACGUCGUUUUGUGCGCUGUGGCGUUUGGCGGUUCUCGGUUGUUGAUGCUGAGCGGCAUCGACCCCAAAGAGCACAUCCAAGUCUCAACCCCUCUUCAUCAUUCUCAGUGAUCACUUGUCUCUAUGGAUAGCACGACCAAUUGGGCACCUCCAUCGGCUACACCGUCCCCAUCUCGAACGCGCUGAUUGCUCUCGAUAAGGGUCUUUGGAUGUUAAUCCUCGAACUCUUUACGUAUUUAAUAUGAGGAACGGGCGUGCUCCUCGUGCCCGACGUGCAGCUGGUCAUAUUCGCGCGGAGUGGAGCGCUCGAUGUGCGCGGUGCUCCGAGGACGCAUCAGAACAAAGAAGUGUCGCCGGAUUUUGAGAUUAUGCCCAUGUCUUACGACUCGGACGACCAGCCCUUCUCCAAAGCCCGCUGGCGCUUCACCUCCCUCUGCAUCCUCCUCCGCUCGCAGUUUAAAGGCUCUGUCCGCCUCUCUCCUACCCAACUCCAGUCCUCCCUUACCACUCCAUCUUCGUGAUCAUCUUCUCUAGCAAAAUCGUCCCCAAGCGUCCACACAACCCUGCACAUUACGCUCAGCUACCUCUCCGCACCCACGGACUUCGCAUCCAUGCGCGCCAUGCUGCGCCUUUCCAUGCUCAUCGUCGAGCGCAUCCGCGCCUCCGAUCCAUCAUACCCGAUCGAGGACUGGUACGUCCCCGCGUCCGAUUCGGAUUUGCAUGAGGAAGGGAGUGCUAUUAUGACGCGUAAUAGGACGACGUACCACUAUUCGUCGACGUGUCGGAUGGUACCUGAGGAUGACGCCGAGGGCGGAGGGGUUAUGAACAACAGGCUGAGGGCGCACGGCACACAAAUUUUGAGGGUAGCGGACAGCGGUGUGUUCUCAUGGAUCCCUGGAACGCAUCUGCAGGCGGGUAUGGCGAUGAUUGCGGAGCGGUGUACGGAUUUCGUGCUGGGAUAUGCGUGAGACAGACCUAGCAACCGGGUGGUGUAUCAAAGAGGGCUAUUUAUGAUGUGUAGAUGUAGGAAUCAAGUGCCCGCUGCCUUGGAUAGUCCAAGUCAUCUCCAAAU